CUCCCUGCGACUGGCGUGGACGAGACCGACAAUCUCCCCAUCGGUCCCAUGGGCUCUACCGUAAGGGGCGUGACUUCGCCACUCGGCCGCUGCCAACAGAGCCCAUCCCGCCACCUCAAAAACCUCUUCUGCAUUGGUAGCUCCAAGCCCCCCAGCCCCCAGGAAGAUGGGAAGAUUAACCAUCCACUGAUGGUUAAACCCACCAAGUGUGUGAAGAUGAAUCGCACGGUCGGGAUCUUUCUGCUGAUCAGCUGCACUCUGGCUGGACUGGGUUCAGCUAUUCGCUGCUACAGCUGUAAGGACUACACAGCCAGCUGCUCUAAACAACGAGACUGUAGCUAUGACGACGCCUGUCUCACCCUCACCGAGAGAGGGGGUCAGACGUACCGGCAAUGUCUCAAGUACUCAGACUGUGAAUACAGUCGGCUGGGACAGAUGUUCCCUCAGGUUUCCAGUUUCACCUUCAAGUGCUGCAACUCUGAUUUGUGCAACUCCGCCCCCUCCUCUUCAGCGAGCUCUCUGAUUGGUUUAUUGGCCUCUCUGGCUGUGAUCUGGUGGUGUAUGCACUGAGAGAUUAAACGACACAAACAAAUACCAGUACAGACACACAUUCACACAAACACACAUCCACACACAUUUACACAAACACACACCAGUAUGAAACCAUUCAAAUGCACAGCUAACCAAUAGAAAUACAGCAAUAUCACACCUAGGGCAGGCUAAGGGCUAGGGUUAGC